AUGGAGGAAACAGACCUGGAAGUGAUCUGGGUGCAAGUCCGUCCGCGACGGCUUCCCAGGUCAGUUCCAGUGAUUGCACUUGGCGUGAUCUACCACCCCCCAUGCAAAAAUAACAAACAAGGGUCUGAUGCUAUGUUAACUCACCUGAUAACCAGAGUUGAUACCAUUCUCAACCACCAACCCCAAGCCGGGAUCUUGCUGUGCGGUGACUUGAACGGUCUUCCACUUAAACGUCUGCAAACAGCCCACCCAACCUUAAAACAGAUUGUUAAACAACCCACAAGGGGAGCAGCAAUCUUGGAUGUUGUGAUCACUAACUUGGCUCAGAACUACAACAAGCCUCAGAUAAUCCCACCAAUAGGGAAUAGUGAUCAUGCUUGUGUCCUGCUCAAGUCUGGUAUACCCGCUGUAAAACACCCGACUGUCAGAGUUCCUCGUAGAGUUGUGACCCCCCACAGGAAGAGGGAGUUCGAAAUAGCCCUUGCAGUGCAGGACUGGACGGAGGUGUUUGAGGCAGUGUCAGUCCAUGACAAGGUGGCCAAAUUUUACGCGAUUCUCACAUCCCUUCAGGACACUCACUGUCCUGUCAAGAUGAGUCCAGUCAGGACCAACGACAAAGGAUGGUUCACAGAGAGAGUUAAGAAAGCCAUUGAAAAGAGGCAAACAGAAUUCCAGAGACAUGGAAAGACGCAGAUGUGGAGAAGCCUUCGGAACAAGGUCAACACUGCUAUACGUCAAGCCAAAAACUGGCAUUACCGUCACUGCAUCCAGCAGCUCAGAGGUGAAGCCCCUCGUAAAUGGUGGGAGAGCAUCAACAGGGAGUUGGGAAGAUCAGGAAGCAGUGGGAGAGUUACAAUCACAGAUGAGCUUUCAGCAGAGAGCAUCAGUCAGUACUUCGCCAAAGCAGGGUGUGAGAGUGAGUCUCUUUACAUCUUCCCGCUUCCGUUCGCAGGCGUGUGUCCUGACUUGUGCUCGAUUGGCGAGGUGAAAGUUUUACUCAAGACUACCAACCCAAGGAAAGCUAGUGGGCCGGACAACGUACCAAACUGGGUGCUUAAGGACUGUGCUGAGGACUUAGCACCUGUUGUUUGCCAUCUCUUCAACACCUCGUAUGCAAAGGGCACAGUGCCCUCAGUGUGGAAGUCGGCAAAUGUUGUGCCUGUACCAAAGGCUGCUGGUGCAUCACAAGUGGAGGACUUUCGACCAGUCUCCCUUCUAGCUGUUUUGGCAAAACUGCUUGAGAGAUGCAUUCUCAAGAGAUUACUCCCUGCUCUAACCAUGGUCAUCCGGGACCAGUAUGCCUACAUGAAAGGCUCGUCAACCACACUAGCAUUGGAGGUUGACAAGAUGCCAUAG